GUUUUCCUGUUAACUUCCCGUGGAUGUAAGCGACCAUCUUGUCUCACCGAGGAGGAGAAGAGCACCAGAUAUGGCUGACUACAGCAGCGUGGCUCCACCGUCCUCCAACAACGGCGGCGGAAUGAACGACGCUUUUAAAGACGCUCUUCAGAGAGCACGACAGAUCGCAGCGAAGAUCGGUGGCGAUGGCGUUGCGGCACCCCCGACUAACGAGUUCGGCUACGGUGGGCAGAAAAGGCCCCUGGAGGACGCUGGUGGGUAUUUUCCCAUGCCUAACCUGAAUAUCGACCAACCAGAGACGAAGAAAGUGGCUACAAACGACGCUUUUUCAGCAAUGGGAGGAAUGGGUGGACCCCCAAGGUCAAUAUCAGAGGAAUUCAAGGUUCCCGAUGGAAUGGUUGGAUUCAUUAUUGGAAGAGGAGGCGAACAGAUAUCACGUCUACAGCAAGAGUCUGGAUGUAAGAUACAGAUUGCGCCUGACAGUGGAGGAAUGCCAGAUAGGUCAGUGACAUUAACAGGGGGACCAGAAUCCAUCCAGGCUGCAAAGAGGCUACUAACAGAGAUCGUUGACAAGGGGCGUCCAGCUCCUGCAUUCAACCACAACGACGGGCCGGGGAUGACUGUCCAGGAGAUUAUGGUCCCUGCCUCUAAAGCCGGACUCGUCAUUGGGAAGGGUGGCGAAACCAUCAAAAGCCUUCAGGAACGAGCUGGAGUGAAGAUGGUCAUGAUCCAAGACGGACCCCAGAACACAGGUGCUGACAAGCCACUCCGCAUCUCAGGAGAGCCCUUUAAAGUUCAGCAAGCCAAAGAUAUGGUGAUGGAGCUGAUCAGAGAUCAAGGCUUUAGGGAGCAGAGGGGCGAAUAUGGCUCACGGGUUGGAGGAGGAGGUGGAGGUGGUGGUGGUGGCGGCGGUAAUGGAGGAGGAAAUGGGGGAGACAGCUUAGAUGUUCCUGUCCCCCGGUUUGCAGUGGGAAUUGUCAUCGGCAGAAAUGGAGAAAUGAUCAAGAAAAUACAGAACGACACGGGCGUCCGGAUUCAGUUCAAACCAGAUGACGGCAGCACACCGGAACGGAUAGCACAGAUCAUGGGUCCCCCCGACCAAGCCCAGCACGCAGCAGAGAUCAUUUCCGAUCUGCUGCGGAGCGUCCAGGCCGGCGGGCCUCCAGGACAUGGUGGAGGCGGCGGUGGUGGUGGUGGUGGCGGCGGUGGCGGCAGAGGUCGUGGUCGCGGGCAGGGGAACUGGAACAUGGGCCCCCCUGGUGGCCUGCAGGAGUUUACCUUCACUGUCCCAACCAUGAAGACCGGUCUCAUCAUUGGAAAAGGUGGAGAGACAAUCAAAGGCAUCAGCCAGCAGUCUGGAGCCAGGAUCGAGCUGCAGAGGAAUCCUCCACCCAACGCUGAUCCCAACAUCAAGAUGUUCACAGUCCGGGGCUCCCCUCAACAGAUCGACUACGCCAGGCAGCUGGUGGAGGAGAAAAUUGGGGGACCCGUUACUCCAAUGGGUGGCCCACACGGAGGUCCAGGUCCACACGGAGGCCCUGGUCCACAUGGUCCUCCUGGACCACCUGGGCCCCCUGGGGCUCCCAUGGGUCCAUACAACCCUGGACCGUACAACCAGGGACCUCCAGGACCACAUGGUCCACCGGCACCUUACCAGCCUCAGGGAUGGGGCAAUGGCUACCCACACUGGCAACAGGGACAACCUGAUCCAAAUAAAGCAGCAGCCGAUGCCAACGCAGCAGCGUGGGCCGCCUACUACGCUCAGUACAGCCAGCAGCCGCAGGCGCCCAUGACCCCUACCAGCGGAGCUCCUGGCACGACUCAAUCCAACGGCCAAGGUGACCCACAGGCUGCAGGUCAGAGUGGACAGGCAGAUUACUCCAAGGCCUGGGAGGAAUAUUACGAGAAAACGGGUCAACAGAGUCAACAACCUCAGGACUACACGAAAGCCUGGGAGGAGUAUUACAAGAAACAAGGUCAAGCGGCCCCUCAGGCCACCGCAGCGGCAGCAGCGGCCGCUGCCUCCCAGCCCGGAGGCCAGCCGGACUACAGCGCCGCCUGGGCGGAGUACUACCGCCAGCAGGCCGCUUACUACGGCACAGCCAACCCUCAGGCGAUGGGUGCAGCACCACAAGCUCCUCAGGGCCAGUAAUGUGAAGUGGACAUAAAGUAAAUGCUACAUUGUCGAAACAAAAUCCUUUGUUAAAUGUUUGGAUGCAGACGCCUUGAUGAAGAUCUUAAAUUUCCUUGGUUUGAAAGUGUUUCACAUAGAUGGCAGAGUACCCGGCGAACACGUCCUCCUUUUUUUGUUUUGUUUAUUUUUUCCUUUUUCUUGUAAAUGCUUUGUUUUUAGUGAGGUAAUUCUACAUAUGGUCAUUCCAGCCCUGUAUCUACAUUAAAUGUGGUUAGAACUCAUGUUUAUUAAACUGUAGACAUUACCAUGUAAAUCAUCUCAGUUUUAAAAUGCUAUUGCCUGUUGUGUUUUUGCAAUAAAACAAACUGAAACCUCCUGUGUUGGUAAGUUGGGGUGGUUUUAAAGCGGAUGGGUUUAGAGGAAUUUCUGUAAGUCUUUUGUUUUACGGGGGAAAAGUAAGCGAAAUCAACCGCAGACCAUGUGUGGGUUUAAUUGUCCAAAAAUGGUUAACUCAAAGUUGUGCUGUCCUGUCUCUCUCCAACUGUCUAUAAGGCUUUUAGACUUGUUUUGUGCGUACGAUGAUCCCGAGUGAUUCAGACCAACAAACGUCCAUGUUGAUAGACAUUUAUUUACUCUUCUGUUUCCUGACUUUGCUCUCUGACUUCAGCCGUAGACCGAUGUUUGUCGUUAGCAAGUCGACAGGUAUACAUGUACCGUAAUUCAUGCAUUAACUGCGUUGCUGUGGUACUCUUUUGAUUUUGUCUGGUGUGCUGACAUUGUUGAGGUAGUAUGCUCUGUGUAUUGCCUUGAUAUAGACACUUCCUCCUCCACAGGCAAGUUUAGAAAAGCGGUAAGCACGUACUUUCUCCCUAACAUGUUCCUCAGAAACGUGGUUGCAAGAAAUGUUGCAUAUUUUUAGUGAUAUAUAUAUAUAUAUAUAUUUUUUUUGUGCUGUUCUUUUUCCCAGGACAGCCAGGUAAAUUGCCAUUGUAUCGAAAAUGCAUUGAAACGUUUGUCAUGCCCUUUUCUCAAAGUGCGAACUAACUCACAUGUAUAAAUUUGUGUUUUUUUUUUUAUAUAAAAUGUUUUUUUAAUAUAAAAACAUUGCAAAAAAUCGUUUUUGCUGUCCCCAUUCUGUUAGUGUUUAUCCAAUAUAAGAACAUAGAUGUUGUAGGGUCGGGGGUGGCUAAGCAGUCUUCGUCCAUCAGUUGAGCCCUCCUAUACUGUAAGUACAAACCUGUGACUGAGAGAUAAUCGCCUUUUUGAUGCUUUUAUAAACUGCAAAAGAUGUAGUAUAUAUAUUUUUUUGUCAAAUCUUGCCAUUUCCCCCCUGUCUCUGGGUAAGUAUGAAAUGUUCUGAGGAGAGGAAUAGUACUUUGGAUUCUUGUGCCACAUGUUUCUGAGACGUAUCUGUCCACCCCAUUCAGACUUUGAAUCUUCCAGUAUGUCGAUGCUCUGUAGAUUGUUAGACUAUUUGUGUUGGUAGCAUUUCAGCGCCAGUUGGAUUUCUGAACUGAGGGUUUGAAUGUCAGCACUCUGUUACACUGUUGGUAGGAACUGUUUUUAAGGAUGCCCCCAUGUGGUUAUUUGCGUUUUUUUUGAAUACCUGAUCUGCUAAGUGCCAUUAUCUAGGUUGACUGUCAUGUUUUUUUAUUUAUAAAAAAAAAAAAAUGCCAUUUAUUGCAACGUAUUAGAAAGGCCCUACUGCAUAACUCCAGUGUAGCAUGCUUAGGUUUCUGCUGUUAUUACUUCAAUGUCCUAUAUGAGCAUGUGGAAUGGUAGCAGUGGAAGUGCUUCUGACUAGCCCAGUAUUGAUUUAUGACAUUUAUUUUCUGAAUGAGCACUGUUGUGAAAGGCUGUUAAUUUGAAGCAUUGUUCACUGAUGGCAACCAGUGCAAUACAUAUAUCUGAUCUUUGCAGUGUCGUCCCAGACCUUGCACCUUAGGUUCUGCUGCAAUAACACAGGUAAGCGAAACCUAAGGAACCAGUGUUUUUGUCUAGUGACAUGACCAAUUUACAUGCAAAGCAAUGCAUACCUGUGUCUUUAACAUGCCCUCAAUGCAUUUAUGCUUAGUAGUCAAGGAAUGUCCAGGAUUUCUCUCGUAUGAACAGCCCUUUAAGAUAAUCUGCUUUCAUGAAUGAACUGCAUGAUAUGAGCUGUAUGACUUUUGUUACAUGGAGUUUGACUUUUUCAAAAAAGUGACUUUACCUUUAGACAAAGUUGUUGCAUAGGCUCACUGAGGAAAAUGUUGUCGUGUGUGCAUAAUAUUCGCUGAUAGCCUUUUUUAUCUUUUCCAUCCCGGUAAGUCUUGACGGUGAUAGUGUGUCGAUGCUUUAGAUAACUUAUGACGCUGGUACAUCCAAACUGCAUGCCAUGCAAAAACGUGUUGCCAGAAGUUUAGCAAUGUGCUCAGUCGCUAGAUCAAACGGUGAAAUACAUGAUUUCUAUUUUUUAAAAUUUUUUUUUUUUAAUAUAUAUAUUUUAUAAUCUGUCGUGGUGUGAAUCUGCCCUCUAGUGCAGUGCAAAUCUCCUAUUGAAACGCUGCUGCCUUCACUUCUCGCUCACAGUGUUGGAGGACGCUGCGAGCGUAGGUCUUAGAAUCAGGCGCUGUCGUAGUUUGUCGUCCCCAAAACGAGGAAUCCUUUGAGUCAAUCCCCACUGCUGAACGUAGACCGUUCAAGAGCUCCAGUCAUAAGGUAAAAAAACAAAACAGCAACGCAAUGAAAAUCAAAAUUCUGUUGAUUGCAAAGUGAUGGUCAGAUAAAUGUUUUUCAGCUCGGAUCAACUGUUUUUUAACAAAUCCAUGAUGCUAUAGUGUAAUUUAGAGUUGUAUGAUGGUCUGUUGUGUCGCUUCUUGAAUAACCUUUAGUCAGUAGGAAUGUGCUUUAGAAAGUUGGAUGAGGACAGGAAGUGAUCUACUUUAAAAUGACAUGCACUGUUUUUAUUGGCAGUAACAAUUUGGGGGUGGGGUGUCAGUCUAAAAUCACUUUUCUCUUUAGUUUAAGGGUCACUGUUUGUUUUUGAGGCUGUUCUUUCUGUACAUGUGAGACGCUCAGUGUUUCAACACAGUUCGUGGGGGUGUAGAAGACAAAACAUGGAGCAUGCCUUAGAGGUAAACAAUGGUUUCAUGUGUUUCUCUGUAUAUUCUCAAAUAUAUUGUUUCUUUUUGCUUAUUGAAUCAACUGUUAUGACUUUUGAAAUGUUGCCAUGUUCAUUAAUAAAGUUGUAACAAAAUGAA